AUGCCAACAUACGAGAUCCUUCAUAUUUUAAAAUCUCUUUUUCGUUUUUCUCCAUAUGUCAUUGAAAUUUGAGAUAUUCUAGUUUUUCUUAAUGAUAAGAAUAUUCUUAAAUCACCAAUAACAUUAACCAAUGAUAAUAUUAAAUCAGAAUUUAUAACAUUACGUCGGCAUAAAAAAUCAAUAUCUAUUGGUAUAUGUCGUUGUACAGAGCAAUCUCUAUUAAAUGAUACAACAAUACAACAUUUAAGUUCAUUAACAUUAAAUGAAUUUCGAAAAUUAUCUCUUGAACAUUCAUCAACACCAUCACCUAAUGAAAGUCGAAAAUCAUUAACUAUUACGGAUGAAAUUAUAACAAAUCCAGAUUUAAAAACAAUUUCAAAUAAAAAUAAAUUGAUACUUGAACAACACUAUAAGCCAUUGAUUUAUAAACGUAGUACAAGUCCAAAUAGAGAUAGUGGUUUUAUUGAAACCGAUGGUACAAAUACAUCUAUGUUAACAGAUCGUAGUGUUAUUUCAAAUACUAAUAAUAAUAAGCGUCGAAGUAAAACAUCAUUAGAAAAGAGUGAAGAUGAAUCAAUGGAUACACAUAAAUCACUUGAUUCACUUCAACAAUCUCUUUCAAAACUGACAACAACGGAACAAACUAAAAAGAAACCAUCGGGUUUGAUUUAUUCUAUACAAAAACCUGAUAAAAAUGUUCAAACUCAAAGUGAUGUACCAAUUCAAACUGUAACCGAUGCAUGUUUUAUUUAUCGUCGUCAAGUUGUUAAACAAGAUACAAGUGAUGAUGAAAAAGCAGCUAUGAUUAUUCGUGGUCGUGAAAUAGCUUAUGAAGCUGCAAAUACACCAACAAUUCCAUCAUUAAUGCCUAAUUAUACACGUGAUCAAAUUCGAGAACUUUAUGGAGAAUUAGAUAAAAAAACACGUCGUUUACAAGAUGAUGAAUAUAUAUACAAUUCAUCAAUAAUAAAUUCAUCGAAUGGAAAACAUCAAUGGAAAUUAGCAUCACCAACAAAUACAAAAAAAAUUAAUGAAUGUCCAUUACCAAAAUUUCGUCUUGAUAAAACUUCUGAACAUGAUGAAACAUUACUUAUGGCUGCAUAUUUAUCAACAGGUUUAACAAAUCCACGAAUAAAACAAAUUGUACCUAUGGAUAAUUUUCAUACAGUAAUGAUGAAUGCAAGUGCAAAAGUUAAUGAAUGGGCAAACAAUAAUGAAAUAUAUUUAACACCAAUGAAUAAAAAUAUUCUUCCUAAUAAUUUUCAUACAUCAAAUGAUCAUUAUUCAACAAUAAGUCCAUCACCAUUAUUACUUGAUGUUCAUUUUAAUAUAACACAACUUACUGGUACACCAACAGAUAAUAAUAAUCGGCCAACAUUCUUAGAAGUUGUUGAACAACAACAAACAGAUCAUUCACAUCAAAGUGUUCAUAAUCAAGAAAAUCGUCGUUCUAUUCAACGACAACCAAAUACAACAGAGACAGUAUCAUCAUCAUCACCUGAUUCUAAUGAUAUUGCUUUAGAAACAACACCAUCAACACCUGGUUCAUGUGGAAUGUAUCUUGAACCUUAUAUGCGUCGUGGUUAUGAUUUACCAUCAGUUGAUCAUGAUAUACGAGAUUCUUCAUGGCAACAUACUGAUCAUGAAGAUAUUGAUGAAUCAAUUAUAUCAAUGAAAAAUAUAACUCCAAUGGAAAGUCCAACAACACCAAAACUUGAUACUAAUGUUCUUUCAUCACCACCCAUGGCAUCUCAAAUAAACGAUAUGGAUAGCUUAAUUGAUUUGGAUGAUGGUACAACUGUUUCUUAUCAUACGGCUAAAGAUUCACGUCUAGAUAAUACUCAUCAAUCAACAUUAUCUGUAGAAAGUGAUGAAACAACAAGCACCCUUCAUCAAACGAGUGUACGAGAUGACCUCAUAAAUAAUGCCGUCUCACCUGAAGAAAGUUUCUAUUAUGAUGCACUUGCAUCACCUUCACAAACAAAUCAUCAAACAUCAUUGUCAACAGAUAAACAAGAUGUUCUUAUAGAUAAUUUAACAAAUUUAUUAGAAGAAAUCGAAGCAUUUAAUUGUGCAAAUCAACAAUUAUUACCAACAGUUGAAGAAGAAAAAUCACGUUUAUCACCUGAAGGUGAAGAAUCAACACUUAAUAUUGAUCGUUUAAUUACAAUUGUUGAUGAUAUACAUCAAUAUAAUCAACUAAAUACAAUGAAUACAAUGGAUAAUCUUUUAUUUGUUUAUGAUGAUGAUGAUGAUAUUGAUGAUGAGCAACAAAAUUCAUCAAUUGAUAAUCUUGUUGACAUUGUUCAUUCAAUUCAUCAAACAUCAGUAUGUGUUAAUAAUUUACUUUUUGUUUACGAUGAUGCCAUAACACCAUCUGAUGAUGAACGUAAACAAAUAAUAAAUGAUUCUGAUGAAGGGUCUUAUGAUAAUUUAAUAACUGAUCAAAGCGAACAGCAUCAUAUUGAUAAUUUAGGUACGAUUAUACAUGAUACUUUAACAGUUAGAUUUCAAAAACCAAUUAAAUAUAAACCAAUUAACGAAAUCGAAGAAUUAACGAUGAAUACUGAUUAUCUAACUACUGUUGUACAUGAAAUUUUAACAACAAGAAAUUCAACACCAAUUAAUGAAAUUGAUCAUGAAACUGAAGAAUCAAUUGUUGAUACUGAUAAUCUAGGUACAAUUGUUCAUGAAGCUUUAACAACUCGAUUUCAAAAACCAAUAAGAAUACAAAAAGCUGAUAAAUUUAAUUCAGAAGUUUCUAUAGAAGAAUUUCAAGAAGUUUUCGAUGAAUCAAUUAAUGAUACUGCUAAUUUAGGUACAAUUAUUCAUGAUGCUUUAUCAACUAGAUUUCAAAAACCUAUAAAAAUAAAAUCACCUAUUGAAUUUGAUGAUACAAUUCAAGAAGAAAAAUUUCCAGAAUUCAUUGAUGAACCAAUAUUUGAAAAUCAAGAAGAAUCAACUAAUGAAUUCGAUCAAGAAUCAAUUCCUUCUAAUAUUGAAACAUCUCCUAAUGAAUCAAUAGAUAAUAUUCAUAGAUCAGAAACAAUCAUUUACGAAAUUGAACCAUCCAAUGAACAAUAUACUAUAGUAGAACCUCGAUCACCACCUGUUAGUCAUCUAUCUCAAAUUGUAAGUGAUUCACUUUUAACAAGUUCAAAUUAUCAUCAAGAUAAAAAUAAAAUUGAAUUUAAUAUAAAACAUCAAACAUUAUAUGAUGAAGAAAUUUAUGAAGAAUAUGGUUAUCGGCGUACAACAACAGAUUCAAAUACAAAUGAUAUUGUUGAAAAAUAUGAAGAAUUAUGUCGACGUUAUUUAUCUAGUUGUGAUGAAUAUCAAACAACAGCAAAAAAAUUAGAUGAUCAAAUAAAUCAAUUUGAAACACAUUUAUAUGAACAAAAACAAGAAAUUUUAACACCAACAAGUGAUACAACCAGUGAAGAAUUAAUUACAACAAUUGAACGUGUUAUUGAUAUGCGUGAUCAAACAACCGUUAACAAACAUAAUACAGAUGAUUAUUGUUCAACAAUAACUGUUCAAAGACAACCAAAUUAUAUGGGAAAAUAUGGUUUUGAUGUUGAAGAAUUAUAUGAUGGAAAAAUUACAGUUUCAAAAAUUAUUGAUGAAAUGUAUUGUUCUAAUAUAAAUGUUGGUGAUGAAAUUAUUAGUAUAAAUAAUGAUCGAACAUUUAACACAUAUGAACAAUGUCAAACAUUAUUUGAUUCAUUAUGGAGAAAUUACUAUGAAAAUAUACAAAUAACUGUUAUUAAAUCAGCAAACAUUCCAAUAACAACAAGUAAAUAG